AUGGUCGUGGCAACAAUUAAAUGUGUUGUCGUCGGUGACGGUGCCGUUGGCAAGACCUGCCUUUUGAUCUCCUACACGACGAACAAGUUCCCUUCCGAAUAUGUUCCCACGGUGUUCGAUAACUAUGCCGUCACGGUCAUGAUUGGCGAUGAGCCCUACACCCUGGGAUUGUUCGAUACUGCUGGUCAGGAGGAUUACGAUCGCCUCCGUCCUCUUUCGUACCCUCAGACGGAUGUCUUCCUCGUUUGCUUUUCGGUCACUUCGCCUGCCUCCUUUGAGAACGUACGCGAAAAGUGGUUCCCCGAGGUGCACCACCACUGCCCCGGUGUCCCCUGCCUGAUCGUGGGCACCCAAACCGAUCUUCGCGACGAUCCCGCGGUCCGCGAGAAGCUUUCCCGCCAGAAGAUGCAACCGAUUCGCAAGGAAGAUGGAGACCGUAUGGCCAAGGAGCUGGGCGCAGUGAAAUACGUCGAGUGUUCUGCUCUCACGCAGUACAAGCUCAAGGAUGUUUUUGACGAGGCCAUUGUUGCCGCGCUCGAGCCUGCUCCCAAGAAGUCGAAGAAGGCAGGCCCGUACGCUCCGGAGGGUUCCAGGCCUGUCAUUGAUGCAUCGCAGACACGUCGUAUGAUUUUGGGAGACUGA